AUGGUUUCCGCCAAGAAGCACGUUCCUAUCGUCAAGAAGCGCACGAAGCACUUCUCUCGGCAUCAGGCCGACCGCUUCAUGCGCCUUGACAAGGGCACAUGGCGCAAGCCCAAGGGUAUCGACAGUCGCGUUCGCCGUCGAUUCCGUGGUACCAUUGCUAUGCCCUCUAUCGGCUAUGGCUCCAACAAGAAGACCCGCUACAUGAUGCCCUCCGGCCACAAGGCUUUCCUCGUCAGCAACACCGGCGAUGUAGAGCUUUUGCUCAUGCACAACAGGACGCACGCGGCUGAGAUCGCUCACAACGUCUCUUCCCGCAAGCGAGUUGAAAUCAUUGCCCGUGCCAAGCAAUUGGGAGUCAAGGUCACCAACCCCAAGGCUAAGGUUACCACCGAGGUUUAA